AUGGCGUGGAUUAUCCUGACUUUCUUCUCCAUCAUUCGUACCACUGCUGGAAUCUUGGUCAUUAUCUCGGAGAAGUCUUCUAGUACUGGUGUGAUGAUAGCUUCCGUCAUAUUUUUCAAUGCUGGCGUGUUUCCUUUGAUCGCAGCAACUUUGGGCUUUAUUCAAAUCAUAGUGGCUCUCAUACAAAACAUGAGCCCACAAAUUCGGCAAUGUUUAGUUGUAUCCCGAGUGCUUUUUAUUGUCGGGAUCGGCCUUACCAUCGCAGGUGGGGCUCUGGAAGGGAGCGACACCGACAAUGAUGUGCUCAUUGGGUUUAAACUCGUCAAAGCGGGAUACAUAAUCGUGGUGGUCUUUGUCGGGUGUUUACUAGCCAUGCAAGUCUAUUUCUGGACACAGCGCUCGUGUCUUUCGGUUACAAGCAGGACGAUUCUCAACGCCACAGCUCUGGCUACACCUUUUAUAGUCGUUCGCAUCGUAUACCUCUUUCUGUUCGUAUUCCAGCCAUCCGACUUGAGGUGGAGUGAUUUGAGAGGUCCAAUUACCCCAUUCCUGACUAUGGGACUGUUGAUUGCCCAACAUGUUGAUUUCAAAUAG